CCCGCAGAUCAUUUUUCACCCAAACUCAGCGCAGACAGAUGUCGAAGUAUUUCACGCGAAUGGUCUUUAAUUCUAAAAUACUACUUCUCGUUACCUUCUGUAUAAGCUUUAUAGUUAUUCAGGGGGCGGGAAUAAGCAGGAAAAAGACUUUAAUAUGGGGUCCUGGUUUGCGAGAUGGUGCUGUUGUCCCGGCGAGGUACUUCUUCAUUCAAACAGUGGAUACUCAAGGACGAAAUUUAACCGAAAGUCCAGGGGAGAAUACUUUUGAUGUAAGGAUAACGACAAGCCAAGGGAGAGCACGAGUGUGGGUACAAUUAUUGGACAGAYGGGAUGGUUCUUUUAUUGUGCGCUUCCGACUGUUUGCUAGCUACAGAGAUUUAAGAAUAGAGGUGUUGUACAAGGAUAAACAUGUAGCUCAAUCGCCAUACCAAUUAACAGGAGGUGUAUAUCAUGAAGGCUGUUACUGUCCAGAAUCUGAUACAACAAAAUGGGAAGAAGCCAUGCAGUGUCCUAAUAAUUUUUCUCAGAUGGAUAGAGACUUACAGAAAUUCAGUAAAAUCAAUUURAAGAGGCUUGCCAAGGAAGGUGUUGAAAGAUUUGGUAAACACAAUGCCCUUUGUCAUUACUCUGUUAUCAACAAUAAGGUUUAUCGCAAGACUCAUGGUGAACAUGUUGGCUUUUCAAUGUUCAUGGAUGCUAUUUUACUGUCAUUAUCAAGAAAGGUUAGAUUACCAGAUAUGGAAUUCUUUGUCAAUCUUGGUGAUUGGCCGUUAGAAAACAAGAAAAACAACCCCUUGCCAGUUUUAUCUUGGUGUGGGUCAGAAGAGACUUYGGAUAUUGUCAUGCCGACUUAUGAUUUAACAGAGGCAGCACUUGAAGCAAUGGGAAGAGUAUCAUUGGAUAUGCUAUCAGUACAAGCCAACACUGGUCCAAAAUGGAAAGACAAAAUCCCCAAAGCAUUUUGGCGUGGUAGAGACAGCAGACAAGAAAGACUAGAUCUAGUGGUCAUGGGUAGAAAGAAACCAGAGCUCUAUGACGUAGCUCUGACAAACUUUUUCUUUUUCCCUUAUGAUGAAAACAAAUAUGGUCCCAAGAUGAAGCACAUAUCAUUUUUUGAUUUCUUCAAGUGGAAGUAUCAAAUAAACAUUGACGGCACAGUAGCUGCAUACAGAAUGCCAUACCUUAUUGCCGGUGAUUCAGUAGUGCUUAAACAAGACAGCAAUUACUAUGAGCAUUUUUAUARAGACCUCAAACCAUGGGAGCACUAUAUCCCAUUCAAAAGAGACCUCAAAGACUUAGAGGAAAAGCUUCAUUGGGCCAUUGAUAAUGAUGACAAGGCUCAGAAAAUUGCACAACAAGCACAGCAGUAUGCGAGGGACCACCUGCAAGCUAUAGAUGUGUUUUGUUACCACUGGGUGUUAUUUAGGGAAUACGCCAAAAGACAAACAACCAAACCCGUUAUACACAAAGGCAUGGAGUACAUCAAACAACCAGACGAUAAUGAUAAUCGAUGUGAUUGUCUAAGAAAAACAAAAAAUCGUGACGAACUUUGAUGAAGGAGGAGACGCGAGCGCGUCCAUUAACCGAUUAUCCCACUUCUGACACCAUAAUGGCUGUCAACGAAGCGAAAAAUAUUUUUCUACAUGAAUUUUUAACUAAUUACUCUUGAAGAGAAACUUCUGAUAACAAAUAUUCUAGAACUUAUAUUGAAUGUUUUAAUUUCUAAAAAGGCUUUUGCAGAAUACCCCAAAAUUAAUGAAAUUAUAUUGACAUUUGUUUCCUGCUUGUAUGUAAUGCAUGACGUUAAUCUGAGUGUGACAUKAAACAUUGAAUGUUUUCGUCAAAUAAACGACAAAGUAACUUUU